AUCUUAGAUGAGUUUUGCAAUGUGAAGUUCUGCAUAGAUGCCAGUCAACCAGAUGUAGGAAGCUGGCUCAAGUACAUCAGAUUCGCUGGCUGCUAUGAUCAGCACAACCUUGUUGCAUGCCAGAUAAAUGAUCAGAUAUUCUACCGAGUAGUCGCAGACAUUGCACCGGGGGAAGAGCUCCUGCUGUUCAUGAAGAGUGAAGACGAUCCCCAUGAGCCCAUGGCGCCUGACCUCCAUGAAGAUCGGCAGCACCGCUGUGAGGACUGUGACCAGCUCUUUGAAUCCAAGGCUGAACUAGCAGAUCACCAGAAGUUUCCAUGCAGCACACCUCACUCGGCGUUCUCCAUGGUGGAAGAGGACUUGCAACAAAACCUUGAGAGUGAGAGUGAUCUCCGAGAGAUCCAUGGCAACCAGGACUGUAAGGAAUGUGACCGAGUUUUCCCCGAUCUGCAAAGCUUGGAGAAGCACAUGUUGUCACAUACCGAGGAGAGAGAGUAUAAGUGUGAUCAGUGUCCCAAGGCAUUUAACUGGAAGUCCAAUUUAAUUCGCCACCAGAUGUCACAUGACAGUGGAAAGCACUAUGAAUGUGAAAACUGUGCCAAGGUUUUCACGGACCCUAGCAACCUUCAGCGACAUAUUCGGUCUCAACAUGUCGGCGCCCGGGCCCACGCUUGCCCGGAGUGCGGUAAAACGUUUGCUACUUCAUCAGGCCUCAAACAACACAAGCACAUCCACAGCAGUGUGAAGCCCUUCAUCUGUGAGGUCUGCCAUAAAUCCUAUACUCAGUUUUCAAACCUUUGUCGUCAUAAGCGCAUGCAUGCUGAUUGCAGAACCCAAAUCAAGUGCAAAGACUGUGGACAAAUGUUCAGCACUACGUCUUCCUUAAAUAAACACAGGAGGUUUUGUGAGGGCAAGAACCAUUUUGCGGCAGGUGGAUUUUUUGGCCAAGGCAUUUCACUUCCUGGAACCCCAGCUAUGGAUAAAACGUCCAUGGUUAAUAUGAGUCAUGCCAACCCGGGCCUGGCUGACUAUUUUGGCACCAAUAGGCAUCCUGCUGGUCUUACCUUUCCAACAGCUCCUGGAUUUUCCUUUAGCUUUCCUGGUCUGUUUCCUUCAGGCUUGUACCACAGGCCUCCUCUGAUACCUGCUAGUCCUCCUGUUAAAGGACUAUCAAGUACUGAACAGUCAAACAAAUGUCAAAGUCCCCUCUUGACACAUCCUCAGAUACUGCCAGCUACACAGGAUAUUUUGAAGGCACUAUCUAAACACCCACCUGUAGGGGACAAUAAGCCAGUGGAACUGCUACCCGAGAGGUCCUCUGAAGAGAGGCCCCUUGAGAAAAUCAGUGACCAGUCAGAGAGUAGUGACCUUGAUGAUGUCAGUACACCAAGUGGCAGUGACCUGGAAACAACCUCGGGCUCUGAUCUGGAAAGUGACCUUGAAAGUGAUAAAGAGAAAUGUAAAGAAAAUGGUAAAAUGUUCAAAGACAAAGUAAGCCCUCUGCAGAAUCUGGCUUCAAUAAAUAAUAAGAAAGAAUACAGCAAUCAUUCCGUUUUCUCAGCAUCUGUAGAGGAGCAAACCGCGGUGUCAGGAGCUGUGAAUGAUUCUAUAAAGGCUAUUGCGUCUAUUGCUGAAAAAUACUUUGGUUCCACAGGACUGGUGGGGCUGCAAGACAAAAAAGUCGGAGCGUUACCUUACCCUUCCAUGUUUCCCCUCCCAUUUUUUCCAGCAUUCUCUCAAUCAAUGUACCCAUUUCCUGAUAGAGACUUGAGGUCGUUACCUUUGAAAAUGGAACCCCAAUCACCAAGUGAAGUAAAGAAACUGCAGAAGGGAAGCUCUGAGUCCCCUUUUGACCUCACCACUAAGCGAAAGGAUGAGAAGCCCUUGACUUCAGUCCCCUCGAAGCCUCCAGCAACAUCCGCCACUAGUCAAGACCAGCCCCUGGAUCUAAGUAUGGGCAGUAGGAGUAGAGCAGGUGGGACAAAGUUGACUGAGCCUCGAAAAAACCAUGUAUUUGGAGAAAAGAAAGGAAGCAAUAUGGAAACAAGACCGACUUCAGAUGGCUCCUUGCAGCACGCGAGACCCACUCCCUUCUUCAUGGACCCCAUUUAUAGAGUAGAGAAAAGAAAGCUCACCGACCCACUUGAAGCUUUGAAAGAAAAAUACUUGAGACCUUCUCCGGGGUUCUUAUUUCAUCCACAAUUCCCACUACCUGACCAGAGAACGUGGAUGUCAGCUAUUGAGAACAUGGCGGAAAAGCUAGAGAGCUUCAGUGCCCUGAAGCCUGAGGCCAGUGAGCUCCUUCAGUCUGUGCCCUCUAUGUUCAGCUUUAGAGCGCCUCCCAACACCCUGCCCGAGAACCUGCUGCGGAAAGGAAAAGAGCGCUACACCUGCAGAUACUGUGGCAAGAUUUUUCCAAGGUCUGCGAACCUAACACGGCACUUGAGAACCCACACAGGAGAACAACCUUACAGAUGCAAAUACUGUGAUAGAUCAUUCAGCAUUUCCUCCAACCUGCAGCGACAUGUCCGCAACAUCCACAACAAGGAGAAACCAUUCAAGUGUCACUUAUGUGACAGAUGUUUUGGUCAACAAACCAAUCUUGACAGACACCUGAAGAAACACGAGAAUGGAAACAUGUCUGGUACAGCAACAUCAUCACCUCAUUCAGAACUAGAAAGCACAGGUGCAAUCCUGGAUGACAAAGAGGAUGCUUACUUCACAGAGAUCCGGAAUUUCAUUGGGAAUAGCAACCAUGGUAGCCAGUCUCCUCGGAACAUGGAUGAGAGGAUGAAUGGCAGUCACUUUAAGGAGGACAAGGCUUUGGUAACCAGCCAGAAUUCUGAUUUACUGGAUGAUGAAGAAGUAGAAGAUGAGGUGUUGUUGGAUGAGGAGGACGAAGACAACGAUAUUCCUGGAAAAUCCAGAAAGGAGCUGGUGACAACUAAUUUAGAUGAAGAAAUCCCCGAGGAUGACUAUGAGGAAUCUGGUGCCCUGGAAAUGAGUUGUAAGACAUCCCCGGUGAGGUAUAAAGAGGAAGACUAUAAAUCUGGCCUUUCUGCUCUAGAUCACAUAAGGCACUUCACAGAUAGCCUCAAAAUGAGGGAAAUGGAAGAGAAUCAAUACACUGACGCUGAGCUGUCUUCCUUUAGUCCUUCUCAUGUGCCAGAGGAGCUUAAACAGCCGUUACACAGAAAGUCCAAAUCCCAGGCAUAUGCUAUGAUGUUGUCACUGUCCGACAAGGAUUCCCUUCACCCCACCUCCCACAGUUCCUCCAACGUGUGGCACAACAUGGCAAGAGCUGCAGCAGAAUCCAGUGCCAUCCAGUCCAUGAGCCAUGUAUGACAUUGUCGAGGUUGACCAGCGUGGGACCAAGUCCAACAGUAGCAUGGCUCUUUCACAUAGAACUAUUCACAAGACUGCUGAGCAGAAUGCCUUAUCAACCUAAAGGGUCACUCAUUUAAAGUCUGGUGACCUUAAACUGAAUGAUUAAAGAAAAAGAGAGGGAAAAAAAGGAAGCUAUUUAUUCUCAAUAUUUUGUUUUGCACAGCAAGGCAGCUGCUGACUUCUGGAGGAUCAAUUAAUCUAAAAUGAUUGGAGAUGAACGAAAACCUCACUGGGGAAGGCACCUUCCAUUCUCCUGUCCUAGGGCAUUGGUGGAUGAGAGAGGCAGUUGAGAUGGCAGCAUUGAUGAUACAAAUGAACACUCCAUAGAAAUCAAGUUCUGCUUUUUACGAAAUCACCUGAUGGGAUUGGGAACAGUUGCUUUUAAUUACCAGAAUUAAUUUUUUUCUUUUUAAAGUUUUAUGUAAUUUAACCCUUUGAAGAUGGAAGUAGUCAGAAGAAAUGCACAAUGAUUAUAGGAAAUAAUAGCAGGAGUUUUUGUCACGUCCCCCCUUUAUCUUUUGCCUUCUUAAGUACAUUGUUUAAAACUAGGGAAAAAGGGUAUGUGUAUAUUGUAAACUAUGGAUGCUCAUGCUCAGAGAGGUCAAGUCAGUGAUAUAACCUGUUCAUCACCUGUACCUCUGUACCACUAAUACAAUGUUUGCCAAAUCUUUGUAAUAACAUCUUAAUUUUAGACAAUCAUGUCACUGUUUUUAAUGUUUAAAUUUUUGUGUGUUGCGUGUAUCAUGUAUUUAUUUGUUGGCAAACUAUUGUUUGUGAUUUAAAAGAGCACUGUUCCUGUCAGCCACUAUUUUAUGAUGUCUGAGGCACACCCUUUUCUGAAUUUCAAGGACCAAGGUGACAUGACCUGUGUGUGGGAGUGCCCAAUAGUGUUUGGCUUUUCUUAACAUUCCUUCCUUUUUGUUGUGUUGUUGUUUUGUUUUCCUUUUUAAUGAACUAAAUACAAAUAGAUGCAACUUAGUUUUUGUAAUACUGAAAUCAAUUCAAUUGUAUAAAUGAUUAUAAUUUCUUUCAUGAAAGCAUGAUUCUUCUGAUUAAGAACUGUACCCCAUAUUUUAUGCUGGUCGUCUGCAAGCUUGUGCGAUGAUGUUAUGUUCAUGUUAAUCCUAUUUGUAAAAUGAAGUGUUCCUGACCUUAUGUUAAAAAGAGAGAAGUAAAUAACAGACAUUAUUCA